UCCGAGCCGUACGACCCUUACGUCCCUGGCGGCAACCCCAAUAUGCCCGGCGGCGGCCCCGGCCCCUCGGGCUCCGGCAGCGGCGGCAAGAACAACAAAACGGCGCAGAUCCAGCAGCAGAUCGACGACACGGUCGGCAUCAUGCGCGAGAACAUCACCAAGGUUGCUGAGCGCGGCGAGCGCCUCGACGCGCUGCAGGACAAGACCGACAACCUCGCGCAGAGCGCACAAGGGUUCCGCCGUGGCGCCAAUCGCGUGCGCAAGCAGAUGUGGUGGAAGGACAUGAAGAUGCGCAUCCUCAUCGCCGUCGGCAUCGCCAUCCUCGUCGUCGUCAUCGUC